CCUACCCUCCUUUCUUCCCUCCUUCCAAACUCUGGCAUGAGUGAAAAAAGAAGCCUGCGAGCCUUUUGUGAGUCACUCGUUGCUGCUUCUCGGAAUCAACUGCUUUCCAGCUCCCAAUUCUCAGUUGCUGCUGCACACUUUGCUGCCUGAAACAUCUCUCAGCGUUUCAGUCAGUCGGUGGGGUACAGGACCAAGCCAACCAUGUCCAAACCUGACUACUCUGGUGUUUUUCACAUGGUGGAACAGGACAACAUGGACGCCUACCUCGCAGCAUUAGACAUCAACUUUGCUCUGAGGAAGAUCGUAUGUCUCCUGAAGCCCACCAAGGACAUCAGCCACAAUCUGGCCACGGGGGCCAUGACGAUCCGCACUCUCACCACCUUCAAAAACUUCAACAUGGACUUUGUCAUCGGACAAGAGUUUGCAGAAGACCUGGGCCCCGUGGAUGGUCGCACGUGUCAGACCACCGUGAGCUGGGAAGGGGACAAGCUGGUUUGCGUACAGCGCGGCGAGAAGGAAGGUCGAGGUUGGACGCACUGGCUGGAUGGCAACAAGCUGCAUCUGGAGAUGAGAGUGGAAGGCGUCGUUGCCAAGCAAGUGUUCAAGAAGGUCGAUUGAAGUCUCUGAAAACAGUGGACACCCGCUUACUCCCAUGUGACAGGGGCCCUGCCCCAUCGCAAGCGGGAAAUGUCUCCGAUACUCCCCUGAAAGUGAUUAGGAUGGACUAAAUUAAUCGUUUUAAAAAUGAAACAACACAAACGAUGAUCCAAAAACACUUUGAAAGUCUGACAAGGACCCACCGAACAUCUCCAAACAGUUUUGAACUGAACACGCAGAAACACAAUGUACAGUCCCUGUACGCUGAGCGACGCAGCCGUUAGCGCUCGAGAGGCUAGCGCCUCGGUGUUAGCCCAACCUCAAAUUAUUGGAUCCAUGCAGUCACGGCGCCAACUAGCGGUCGUAGAUCGGUUUAGCGACAUUUACUUGUGCUGUUCUUCUGGAACUGUACCGGUUUUGAUGUUAUGUUACGUUCUUAUUUAGAGAAACUAUCAUAGGCUAGAGCUAGCAUGCGCACAAUCCGGAUGCUCUCCCGCUAACUUUCAAAAACAAAUCUUUUAGAUUUGAUUGGAUUAGCGCCACCAUCUGAUAUUGUCCUUUCAGUGCCACCCAUGUUACAGAAAAUCACAAGUGACUUUCCCAUGAACAAUGGAGGAUUUUUUUUCUAAAAGCUGCAAACAGGUCAACUCGCAAAUGUUGAACCGUGAAUAUGCGAGUUCCACUGUAUACUUUUAGUGAGUAUUGACAAUAGUCAAGGUACGUGUGUGUGUGUGUGUGAUGUAAUUGAAUUCUUUUGUGUAUGAUGGUAUCAACUGAGUGACAAAGCAAAGGCAAUUUAAUAUUUGGACAUUUUUGCCCAUGCGCACGACUUGACCACAACUGUUUUGAAAUAAAACAACGAAAAUCUGA